AUGUCAUUGUGCAGAUGCGACCUCGUCUCUGCGAGGAGGAGGAGGAAGCCCGCACCGCCUGAGAACCAGGAUCCCCGCAGCCACACAGAGGCCCGGACCCCAGUCGCCCCCCCCCCCAAAGGGACAAGCAUCCCCCCAGAGGGCGGUAGAGGGUGGCCCCAGCCGGAACCCCUCGUGGUCUCGGGGCCCAGGCCCCAGUGGGCCAAGACAGACAACCGCCGACCGCCCCGGGCGCCGCCCGCCCGAGGUGGGUGCAGCCGGCAGCCCAGAUCCCCAGUGCCCGGGGGAAACCCCCCCCCCGACCCGGACGGCCCGGACUGCACCCAGGGGGACCGGACCUCCCAGACGGCACCCCCCCGACCCGGGCCAGCACCCACCCCAAUGCCCCGGCCCCACACACACCCGACACCAGGGCGCCCGCACCACUGCCGGUCCCCCCCACACACGCCCCUCCCUCCACCCCACACACACUCUGACUCCCAAACGCACCGACCCCACACACACAACCUGACCCACCCCAACCCCACACCCACACAGAUGCUCCUCCCCCCCACCUGCACGCACGCACCAGCCAGACCCACCCCCCAUCCCCCACACAACCCUCCCCUCCUGCGCAGCCCGCCCUCCGCCAAUCAUCGCCACCCACUCCAUCAAACACCAAUCCUACCCACGCCAAACUGA